AUGAGGUACGCCGAUAUUCUCGUCGAUUUGGCCGCUGUCGUCAGAGCCUCUAGAUCCGUUGCAUCCAAGCAUCUAGAGCUUCGGGCCCAGCAAUUAGAUCGUUAUGGGAAAACCUCCAGUAUACUGCGUUCUGUAAGGGAGCUGCAAAACAGCUACCCUCAACAAAGAUCGGAAGCCGCGGGGAACAGGACAUCGCCAACAGAAUCGGGGUCAGAUGCGACUGUUCAAGCUGAAGCCAAGUCUUCACGACCGGGGCCAGAUAUUGUUGGCAUGACAUCAUCCCCUGGGAUAUCGCAUACGGACCUGAAACGGAACCUUGGAUCUUCCGUUUUCGAACAACAGGACAAAUACAAGAACCUCGUGCGCCCCGAGGACGAUCUUCCACCCGAGGUGGACAUCAACGUCUUUCACACAAGCCGCGGAUCCCACCUUUUGGACGGCAAGGAUGAUUUCAUUGGCAAGAAACGACCGGUUUCGCCUCCGCCAAAGCCCAGUUGGUUUAAAGAAUUCGGUCACGGAAGGGCCGAGUCGAAGUCAGAUGAUUCGGUGAUCAGUUCAAUUAGCCCUGAAGAACCGACUGCAAAGGGCGUUGCCCUGACUUCGGUGACCAGUGCGGUGACAGAAGCGAAGGAGACGGUUUUGACAGAGGUCAAUCCGCCAGCGAUUCAAACAGGCGAAAAGGAUACUACUAAGAGUGCUGAGCUGCUCCAAGACGUCUGUUCGGAAGCCGUGUCGCCUACAACUGCGCCAUCCGAAGAACCUGCUAAACCAGCCUAUAUUCUCCGUGAGUCUAAAGUGCCGGCCACUCGACUCAGUAGGAUAUGGAACUACGGAGGUCUGGCCGCCGGUAUGCUCGGCGGAGCUAUUACUGAAGGCUUCAGCAGGGGCUUUGGCGGAGGUAGUCAAGGCUCCGUGCUGCUCAGUCCUGGCAACAUGGAGCGACUCGUAGCCAAGUUGUCUCGAAUGAGAGGUGCUGCUCUCAAGAUGGGGCAGAUGAUGAGCUUCCAGGACGCAAAAAUGCUCCCUCCGCCCAUCCAAGAAGUGUUGCAGCGAGUCCAAGAUCGGGCCGACUACAUGCCUGCUUGGCAAAGAGACCGAGUCUUGACGGCAAGCCUUGGGCCUGAAUGGCGUGAGCUAUACGACGAGUUUGAGGAGACGCCUAUAGCGGCUGCUUCUAUCGGGCAAGUUCACCGAGCCACGCUGAAGUCAACUGGAGAGAAGGUAGCCGUCAAGAUCCAGUUCCCGGGGGUUGCCGACUCCAUCAACUCCGACCUCGACAACCUAUCCAUGCUCCUCACCGCCUCCAAAAUGCUACCCAAGGGCCUGUACCUCAACAAGUCCAUCGACAACGCCCGCACCGAACUCGGCUGGGAAUGCGACUACGAGCGCGAAGCGCAAUGCGGCCAACGCUACCGCGAACUCCUCGCCAGCGAACCCGACGUUUUCGUCGUCCCCAAGAUAUACCCCGAGGCCUCGGGCAAACAGGUCCUCACCAUGGAAUUCAUGGAAGGCGUGGGCGUGACGCGGGUCAAGUCCUUCACGCAGGACCAACGCGACUGGAUUGGCACACAAAUCCUGCGCCUCUGCCUCCGCGAGAUCACAGAAUUCAAGUUCAUGCAGACGGAUCCUAACUGGACCAACUUUCUGUACAAUACGUCCACGCAGAAGCUCGAGCUGCUCGACUUCGGCGCCUCGCGCGAGUUCCCUGACCGGUUUGUUGCCCAGUAUGUCAGUUUGCUCGCCGCGGCCGCAAGGUCCGAUCGCCUGGCUGUGAAGGAGCUGUCUGAGAGUCUGGGCUAUCUGACGGGCCAUGAGAGCAGGACCAUGCUCGACGCGCAUACGGCCAGUGUGUUGACGCUGGCGGAGCCGUUCUUGCAGAGUGCGCCGGAGAUUUAUGAUUUCAGUGACCAGACGAUUACUGAGAGGGUCAAGGGGCUCAUUCCCGUCAUGAUCCGGGAGAGGUUGGCGCCACCGCCCGAGGAGACGUAUAGUCUGCAUCGCAAGCUCAGCGGGGCGUUUUUGCUGUGCGCCAAGUUGGGGAGUAAGGUGCGGUGCAGGGAGAUGUUUGAGGAGGCGCUGAAGAAGACGGAGUUGAAUGUCAAAGUAUAG